UCUCCAUUCAGACAUGUAAUUACAUGACGAUCAUGUGCAAUAUCGAAGUUUGAAUCGGAUUUUUGUUCUGUUACGUACAGUGGGAUAUUGGAAUAUCAAAGAGGAUUUGUUCUUCAUCUGCACUUUGUAUACAGCUGAGGACGGUUGCAUACGCGUUAAUGAUGUGUCGAAAUACUAUAUCUGAUAAUGAACAUACUUUUGUGAAACUAUAUUUUAAGAUGUAAUUAACUAAACUUUACUGUAUAAUAUAAUCAUUUGGCUAGAACGUUUGUCUGUAAAUAUUUGCCAACAAAAUUGGAAAUUAAUCGUCGAAAGGCUGUGAAAUACAUGCGCUGGACCAGCAAGAAGCCUGGACAAAAUGUCACAAGACACACCUAUUACAUACUUUGAAGAAAUGAAGGUCAAGCCGGAGGUUGUAGAAGCAUGGGGUGAUGAUUCUGCACAAACAUCCAAGCUUAAGAAGCUCAUUCGACCACUUCUGAUUGCUAUGGCUCUGUGUGGGUGCUAUAACUUCAGCGAUAUAAUGUAUAUCGUCCACGGCCACAGUUGCAACGCCAAGAACGCGUUGUCUUCGAUAUACAGAUUUGUGUAUUUGGUGAUUAUAUUGAUUAUGUGCAUAAAAUACGGAGUUUGCUUACAUUACGCUUCAUCUGAAAAUAAACUGUUAAAUGUCCUGGCGUUUCUAUGGGUUCUGAGUCUGCUUUCAUCAUUCAUCGUGUAUUUAAAAACGACAAGUAGACAAUUUGGUAACCUUGAAAAAUGCUUUAAAACUUGGGAGGAGGACAUUGUGCGGGAAAGCAAAGAACUUGGCCUACGUUGUCCAAUCAGUGUGAUAAAAAGCAGAAUGAAAUGGGCAGUUACUGUUGCAACUGUCGUUAUAGUUACGAAUGUAGCUGGUCUUACGCUACAGGCUGAAAUGUACCCCGAACUUGCAUCAAUUCAUUACUUCCCGUUGCAAAACAGCAUUGGGGCCAAAAUUGGAUUCAGUGUACUAGCAGUAAUGGCUUCCGCGCUCUGGAUUAUCCCGCAGGCAUACGCGAUGGUUCUUUCCAGAAUACUCACAUUACUUUUCGAGAUAUUUACGGAAAAACUGGAACAGGACAUCUGCUCCGAUAGGUGCACAGUACCAAACAAUUUCCAGAAACUACGAUUAUUACACUUGAAGCUCUCCAAACUCGUUUCAGACCUUGACAAAGACCUUAGUUGGUUUUAUGCCGCUGACAUAGGGUUUGGGACAGGACUCGGCGUAUUUUCUCUCUAUCAGAUCAUGAAAACCACCAUGGAUACGUUCACCCUGAUUUUGUUCAUGUUCUGGUUUCUAGCCUCCCUGGCAAUAAUUUGUUUCGCUUCAACAUUUGCCGCAUUCACACAUGAAGCGGCCCAUGGACCACUUGACUGCAUAUACAACAUAAACGUUCAGGACAUAUCUGUGGAGAAACUGGCGCAGUUGAACCUGUUCCUGUCGAAGCUGACGGGAACCCAGAUCGGAUUCACCACUAGUGGCCUUCUUACCAUCACCAAGGAGUUCAUACUCACGCUUGCAGGGGUAUUCCUGACUUAUUUGGCAGUUCUCUACACGCUGUGAGACUUUUCAUCGAACGUAAACUAGUGCAUCCCUCGUAUGACGGAAUUGACAUGCUUCUACGACUAUGAAGCCAUUUGCUUACUAUUUAGAUUACACAAUUAUGCGAUAAUAGCAUACGUGAUAGCAAUUUAGAAGGGGAAACCUUGGUGAAAUUAUUUUCGCGCAAGUUAAACAAAUUGUAAGCUGGUCUUUUGGAACAUUGAAUUAUUGAUUAUAUUGAUCGUACCUUAAUUAAAUGAUUUUUAAUUUUGUUUAUCAAUUGACGUUGUGAUGUAUAGUGUGUCUACAUAGGUAUAUAACAACAAAACAGUGUUUUAGUUUUCAGUAUAUAUUGUUUAGAUGAAAAAGCAUAUCCUUCUUACGGUUUAUUCAUUUACACAUUUGGACAUCUUCAUAGCUAUAUAACAAGCAUACACGAAACCUAUAUUUAACGUUGUGCUUCGUGGAUUUACCACGAAAAUCACGGAUUUUCAAGUGCAUAAGUGUACAUUGUCAAAUGCAAAUGGUAAUCAACACAAUAAAUGCAUUUUUAAUGUUUUUUAGUCGUGGCCCUGUUGUUUCACUAGCAUUCUAUCAGCGAAGGGUUGAAGGGGUGAACAUUGAGCAAUUCGUAUAACUAAUAUGAAUAAUUUCUCGUUGCGUCCCAAUUGUUUGAAUUUAAAAUAAAUAAACGCUUUGCUUUGUAUGUGUCUUUUUUGCAACAAUAUAUAUAGAAAGUCAUCCAUAUUUUCAAAUUCAAUUUUCCCUUUUUGCUUCAAAUUAUGAAACUUCAAAGAUAGGCAAACAUCCUUCCGUACUAUGUUUUUGUCCAUGACAUACGCUGGUAUUGUCUCUACAUUUAUGAAAUGUAUCAACAACUUAUGUAUAAUAUUCAACAGCACUCAAGAAUUUUAGCAUUAAAAUCGUGACCAUGCCCUAUUAAAUGGGUUCAUUUGCAAUAUUGUACGGAACUACUUAUGGAAGGGAAUGUCAGAAAAUCCAUUCACGCUGCUUAAUGACAAUUGCAUCAACACGUUCUUGAUUUUUAAGUUAUCCUUUCUGUGGUUUGUAAAGUUCAUGGUCCGGUACAUUUGAUUAACCUGAAACAAAUCCUUCUUAAGGACUUUGUAAGCCUUGUAUGGCUAACUGGCUUACAGCCUGAAUGACCGCAGUUCAAUCGCACCAUGUAAGAUCAAGCUGACCGCAGCUGUAACUCGGAAUCAUCCGAUUAUACUACGUAAAUUAUUUUUCAUAAUACAGAAAUACACGAACAACAUCAAUAUUUAAAACGAUGAAUGUAAUUGUUAACUUAAAAGACAACAGGGGAUCUUACUUGGUACCAACAAUAAUAUUGACAU